AUGCCGUCGAUCACCCAAGUAACGAACAGUGCAUGGAAUUCCAAACCUCCCAGCCAACCCUCACCCCCUCCCAGACCCUCUCCACCCAGCGGCGACAGACCCUCAGGAUACCCAGCGAACCGCCCCUGGCCUCCCUACGAAGGACCCACCCCAUCGUCUCAAAACUGGCAAUCCUCCGCUUCAGCAACAACACCAUACGCCGAUCACUUGCCCACAACCUCACCAUGGACAACAUCAACCUCAACCCCAUCGCCCGAUCCCUUCGGACCACCUACCCCAACAAACAUCUUUCCAGGCGCAACCUUGCCUCUCCCCGGGAAACAAUCAAACAACACGCCCAUCUACGCCGCCGCAGCCAUCAUACCCGUUGUUGUCCUCGCUCUCACGGCCAGUGUGAUCUUCCUCUGCGUGCGCAAACGAAAGAGACGGCGCGCCGCCGCUCUAGCUGCCGAGCGCGAAGUCCAAGAGAUGAAAAUGACGACUCCAUCUCAGAUAUCACGACGAUAUGGGAAUGAACAUGUGCAACCGUACAUCGCACCGCCGCUUUCACACCCCCCUCCGGUAUUACCAGCGAUCUCCGCGUCCCACCACCAACAACAACGUAACAGCCACCUCCUCCCCCCAACAUCCACACCCUCAGCCUUCCACCCCAUCAUCCUCGGCCCAAUUGGGGGUUCUUCUUCCAACAACGCUUACCUGACUGGCAUGGAUACUUCGGACAUGGUCUCUGUGUCUUCCAAUACGCUGAGGCCGAUUGAGGAUCCUUUCGGCGAUAAUAGUAGUUUGAGCGAGCCGCCGCCGCCGUAUCGGCCGUGUAGUUUGCCGCCGCCGAGUUUUACUACAGAGAGGGGUGCACCACCGAGUUUUACGAGUGGGAGCGGGAGUAGGGGGAGUAGUAUAAUGGAGGGGAUAGAGAGGGAAGUCGGUGGUGGUGAAGGUGGGAUGGGUUCGAGGGCGCAUCUUAUUGAAAGGAGUCCUUUUGAUGAUCCGGACGAUAGGGUGUCUGAAAUAUCAGGGCCGACAUUUGGGAGGAAUGGGGAGGGUGCGGAGAGUGCUGUUAGUGAUCUUGAGUAUCAGAGGGAGACUUUUGAUGAGUUUAGUAGGAGGGGGUUCUCUUAA